AUGAAGGACCGCCUGGCUCAGCUGAAGGAGAAGAGCGAUGGAGGAGAUGACAUCGUGGUUCCUGUGGAGAGUGAGGCGUUCAUGGAUGACUUCUUUGCUCAGAUCGAGGACAUCAGGACGAGCAUCGAUAAGAUUGACGAGAGUGUCACAGAGAUCAAGAAGCUGUACUCCACCAUCCUGUCAGCCCCCACCUCUGACCAAAAGACUCAGGAUGACGUUGAAACGCUGACCAAUGAAAUCAAGAAGUCUGCGAACAAUGCACGAAACAAACUCAAAACUAUUGAGCGUCAGCUUGAGUCGAACACCGAUGAGAGAGCAUCAGCUGAUCUCAGGAUACGGAAGUCACAGCAUGCAAUUCUGGCCAAGAAGUUUGUGGAGGUGAUGACGAAGUACAACGAGGCUCAGGUUGACUUCAGGGACAAGAGCAAAGGACGCAUCGCCCGCCAGCUGGAGAUCACGGGUAAAACUACGACAGACGAGGAGCUGGAGGAGAUGCUGGAGGGAGGAAACGCUGCUGUGUUCACCGCAGGGAUCACGGAUUCUAAGAUCAACCAGCAGGCUCUGAACGAGAUCGAGGCUCGACACAAAGACAUCAUGAGGCUAGAGAGCAGCAUCAAGGAGCUGCAUGACAUGUUCGUGGACAUCGCCAUGUUGGUCGAGAACCAGGGCGGGAUGAUCGACAGGAUCGAGAGUAACAUGGACCAAUCAGUGGGCUUCGUAGAGCGAGCUGUGGCAGACACGAAGAAGGCAGCAAAGUUUCAGCAGGAAGCUCGCAGGGUGAGUUCAGAGAAGGAGUCAUGUGUCCUGCUGAUGGACCACCUGACACAUUGUUAG